AUGGCACGAUCUAGCAUUUCCUUACUAAUGUUCUUGGUUCUUUUUGCUUCAUUUUGUAAUCGUUUAGAAGGAAGAAAGCUUGUUGUGGGAGGAGAGAAGCAGUGGAAGAAGAUGAAGAUGAAGCCUUCUUUAAGGGAUGGUUUGUUUCUAAGUGCACUUCCUAAGGGUAGCGUUCCAUCUUCUUCUCCAACUAAAAAAGGACAUGCUGUUGUUGUUGAUGAGAAGCUCAUUGAACGACACCUCAUAAGCAUGGAUCGUGUUCUUUUUGCAUCGGUCCCUAGCCCUGGAGUUGGACAUUAG